ACGGACGGGGCGUCAGGCGGUGGCUGUGCCGCUGUAGGCGCCGCCGGGGCGGGCGAGUCCCCUGUUCUCGGCCAGUGGCGCCUCAGAGCAGCCCUCUGACAAGCGGACCCCGGAAGAAGGUCAAGGAAUUGCCCAGCAUCAGGGUCCUUUCCAAUGAGUUGCCUCUUCGCAUCAGGUGGCCAAAGUAUUGAAGCCUCAGCAUCAGUCCUUCCAAUGAAUAUUCAGGAUUGAUUUCCUUUAUUGAUAUUCAGGAGCAAUAAUGCUGCCCAAACCUGGGAUCUAUUUCUUCCCCUGGGAGGUCAGUGCUGGCCAAGUUCCUGAUGGGAACACACUGAGGACAUUUGGCAGGUUGUGCAGCUACGACAUGACCCAGUCCCAAGUAACCCUGACGGCUCAACUCAGAUCUGACCAGUACCCGAUCCUCGUCUGUACCAAGUUGGUGGAACCGUUCCAAGCCCAGCUGGGCUCCCUCUACACUGUCCUUGGGGAACUGGAGCACCAGAAGGACGGAAGCUGCGUGGUGAAGGCCCGGGUGCUGACGUGUGUGGAAGGAAUGAACCUCCCCUUGUUAGAACAAGCCAUCCGGGAGCAGAGGCUGUACCAGCAAGAGAGGGACAGCGGCCAGUAGGGAGCAAGCCAGGAGCUCCUGGCAAUGCUGCCUUCCCGCCCGGCCAGACGCUGGAGCUGCUGCAGAGAAGAUGCAGGAGCGUCCCCCGACUGACAGCCUUUGUCUGGAGAGACGAGGGGAGGGCAGCUUAGCGCUCCGAGGCCGGGCGCUGGGGCGCUGGGCCUCGUGUGGGUCCUGGAGAGUUCCAGAACGUCCCCGUGAAUAAAGCCUGGUGGUGUGACUGA